GCUGCUGCUCCUCCUCGCCGCCGCCAAGUUUUUGACUGCGCCAAUUAACCCACGCGACAAUCAACGACGAGGAGGCCUCUCCUUCAAUUUCCCCUCGAAACCCAUUCACUGCGUCAUUCCUUCUGUCGUCCCGCAGCGGGAACGCACCAGUGCCCAACCGCGAAUCUCUUUCCCCCCUUCGACAUCGAAACCGACCGACGUCAGCAUUUCAGGACCGAGAGGGACCGACACCCUUGACGCAGACCAGAGAGUGCCUGGUCAAACAACGACAGGCACCACUCGCAAAUGUCCGUCGCUGACCGCAUCGUCAGCUCCCUAGCUCCUGCCGACAAUAACGCGCAAACGAUUCAGGGGGGCAUCUCGGCUUCGACCCCGGCGGCGGCGGCCUCGUUCGAGGAGGAUAGAUAUGCGGUACAGACGGGAGGACUUUUGCCGGAUAUCAGAACAGUCGGACAAUCUUUUAGACAGGAGGAUAUGAGUCUCCAAGAUGACUCUUUCGAAGAGGAGGGCCGCCCGCCUUACCUCCACGCCAUGAUUGCUGGAGGCGUUGGAGGCUCAACGGGCGACAUGCUCAUGCACUCCCUGGACACGGUCAAGACGCGGCAACAGGGAGACCCGCACAUACCGCCAAAAUACACGUCUCUGGGCUCGUCAUACUACAAGAUACUACGGCAAGAGGGCGUCCGACGAGGUCUUUACGGCGGAUGGAUACCGGCUUUGGGUGGUUCCCUUCCGGGCACGAUGAUGUUUUUUGGGACGUACGAAUGGAGCAAACGGUUUCUGAUCGACCAUGGUGUGCAACAGCACCUGGCCUACCUCACAGCUGGCUUUCUUGGAGACUUAGCCGGCUCCAUCGUUUACGUUCCAUCCGAGGUGUUAAAGACCCGCUUGCAGUUGCAAGGACGGUAUAAUAAUCCCUACUUCAAAUCGGGCUACAACUACAGAGGAACCGUUGAUGCGGCGCGGACGAUUGUCCGUCACGAGGGACCGGCUGCGCUCUUCCACGGUUACCAAGCAACACUGGCCCGUGACCUCCCAUUUUCAGCACUUCAGUUUAUGUUUUGGGAACAAUUCCACGCCUGGGCACGCACCUACAAGCAGAGCAGAGAUGUUGGCGUACCGCUGGAGCUCCUUACCGGCGGUCUCGCCGGCAGCUUGGCCGGUAUCAUGACAUGUCCUCUGGAUGUCGUCAAGACGCGUUUGCAGACGCAGGUACACCCUGAUCUGUUGCCCAAGGAGAUGAAGCCGGUGGCCAAGGGCGCUGCGCACGCCUCAACGUCAAAAUCCCAGACGCGCCACAUUUCAACGUCGUCGCCCUCGACGCAUACCCCGCGACCAGGCGCGGUCAACUUACAGACCUCGUCCGUCAUUGAAGGUCUCAAAGUCAUUUACCAGACCGAGGGGAUUAGCGGAUGGUUCAGGGGCGUGGGUCCCCGUGGUGUCUGGACUUUUAUUCAGAGCGGCACCAUGCUGUUCUUGUACCAACGUAUUCUCAAGUCAUUAGAGACUUGGGAUCCACCAGUGGAAGAGCAGGAGCGUGCCAUCUAAGGAGGUUUUGGAGGUUGGGCUGGAAACGGGUGAUACCAGGGUUGGAUGGAGAAAAAACAAAACAUUGUACAAACAACCCCUUCUGUACACUUUGUAAGGAUAAACAUGGGACUGGCGUUUGAAGGCAUAGUAGAAGGG